UUGAUUUUCAAAAAGGAAAAAUUUAAACAAAGAAAUCGACGAAGUCAAUAUGUCAAAUAAUCAUAUUGUCAAUUGAUAAAAAAAAUUACAAAAUACUGUUAUCAGUACAACAAAAAAGUUAAAAACUUUUAGGUACUAAAUUUUCACACAAUGACUAAUACAGCCCCAAUUGUAAAAAAUACAAUCUACACAGGACAGAAAUAUGUACCUAUUGCCGAUGGAAGUAAAGUACACUUUCAUUUCCAAACAUGGAAAUUAGGGAAGGAAAGAACACUUAUCGAUGACAGUAAAAAAAUUGGUCAAAAAGAACCAAUGGUGCUGGUAAUUGGACAUAAAUUUAAACUUGAAGUAUGGGAAACUAUUGUAAAAAUGAUGGCUGUCGGCGAGGUCGCGAGUUUUCAAGUGAAGAAGGAGUUAGUAUACAGUUACCCUUUUGUAUCAAAAACCCUUCGAGAACUGGGUCAAGAGCAGCGAAGAAAGCAUACAUGUACUAUGACGCUGCACACUGAAGGAAUUGGAUACCCAGACUUGGAUGAUUUGAUCAACUCUCCAUGUGACUUAGAAUUUAUAAUAGAAGUGUUAAAAGUUGAAAGAUCAAAUGAAUACGAGAAAGAGCUCUGGCAGCUCAGUAGCGAAGAGAGGCUUCAACUUGUACCAGAACUUAAAGAAAAGGGAAAUAAAUUGUACGGACAAAAGUUGUAUGAUGAAGCCGAAGAUGCCUACAGACAGGCUAUAUCCAUUUGUGAACAAUUAAUGAUCAGAGAAAGAAAAUGCGAUGAGGAAUGGAUCAACCUAAAUAAAGUGAAACUUCCAAUCUUACUUAACUUUGCUCAAUGUAAACUAGUCAAGGGUGAAUACUAUGCUGUCAUAGAGCAUUGCAAUACUGUUUUAGAUUAUGAUACAGUAAAUGAAAAAGCACUGUAUAGAAGAGCAAAAGCAAAUGUAGGAGCUUGGAAUCCAGAAGCAGCUGAAAAAGAUUUUAAACGAUUAAAAACUUUGAAUCCAGAUCUGAUCCCAACUAUUGAUAAAGAGCUAGAAAACCUCAAAAAUUUAAGAAAACAAAAAAGUGAAAAUGAUAAGGAUGCUUUAAAAAAGUUAUUUGAUAAGGAGAAUACCGCUUUAUAGCACUAUCUAAAUAAUAAUUGUUACCAAGUGUACUCAGAUAUUUAUUUUAAUGGCAAUACAAACAUGUCAGAUAAUAUAUUACAUUAUUGCUUAGAAUUGUCUAAUAUUUAAUUAUAAUAAUACUUAACCUGUUAAUAACAUAUUUUAUCAUCUUCCUAUGUAACAAAGCCUAAUUUAUAAUAUUAUAAAAUAUUUUAU